UCAAUUUUUUUCUCAGUCUAAUAAACAUUAUUUACCGUGAAAGAUCUGAUCAUGAAUCAACCGAAGGAAUAUGACAACGCAAACAGCGUCCAAUACCGUGACAUAGAAGAUCUAGUUGAAGAGUUCCCCGAUGUGUGAAAAAAAUGAGGGGUCGCAUUAUUGACAUCGGGUGCGGACCUGGGAACAUUACAAAGGGUGUACUAGUUCCGGCUGUGGGGGAAUAUGCUACUAUUGUCGGUAAUAAUUACCAAAUUAUCCCAGAGGUUGAUCCCUUAGCCGACCUCCACAUAUUAAUAAAGUCAUUUGUUACCCCUUUUUCCAGGUGCUGACCUAUGCCCUUACAUGGUUGCCUAUGCAGAGCAAAAUUACUCUCUGACAAAUAAAUAGUCGUACAUGCAAUUAGAUAUUCAAACUCCCGAAUUGCCCAAUAACUUGAUUGAAAAAUUUGAUAAUGCCUCGUCGUUCUAUUGUCUUCAUUGGUGUAGAAACACGAAGGGCGCGUUGAGAAAUUUUUACCAACUCCUUCGGCCAGGGGGUAAAGCCAUUAUUUUGACAAUCUCUCAUCAUAUGAUAUUCGAUGUCUACUCCGAACAACGUGAAGAUCCAAGAUUUUCAGCAUAUAUUCAGGAUUGGCUGAAGUUUACCGCUCCGCAACACGGGCAUCCGGAUGCUGAAGAUAUUCUGAGAAACGACUUGAAUGACAUUGGCUUCAAGAUACAUCAUUGCUCUAACAGGUGGAAAACCUUUACGUACCCAAGGAUGGAAGCUCUGAUUGGUAAGAUUCGAAGUUAUAAAUUCUCAAUCGAAGAAGAGAAUAAUAUAGCGACGAUAGAUAAAUGA